UUCAUCUUAUCAGCUCAAGAAACAUGGCAGAGCAGGUCACGGAGAUGGCAAUCAAAGUGGAUCUUCAAUGUUGUCGCUGUUACAAGAAGAUCAAGAAAAUCCUGUGUGAGAUCCCUCAAGUAAAAGAUCGAACCUUUGACGAGAAACAAAACACAGUGAAGAUCAAAGUAGUGGGUUGUGAUCCUGAGAAGGUCCGACAAAAGAUAUGUUGCAAGGGAGGAGAUAUCAUUCUACGCAUCGAUAUUAUACUCCCUCCACCACCUCCCCCACCACCACCUCCGCCACCUCCUCCACCUCCCCCACCGCCACCUCCGCCACCUCCCCCUCCUCCUCAACCGGUGUAUGUGAUGGGGAAGGUGUACGUUUGUUUCUCAUGUCAUAAUCAGGGUUGUGGUCGGUUAUGUCCAUGCAAUUGUCAUUGCGAGGGGCCACCAAUGUGCGCUGAUGGAUGUGGGAGACCGGCCCACAAGUGCACAUGCCGGAGACCUAUUUACCCACAGUGUUGCAAUCGCUGUAGCUAUGGAAACGCCUCUUCAUCAUGCCUGCAUGGUUGUGACUACGGAAGGCUAUCGGUAUGCACCAAUGCCGGCUACGACUGCGAAACUUCCUGCAUGCUCAUGUGAGGAGAGUAUUGAAGUAUUUGCCGAAAUGAGGUUUUCAUUCCCGUGACUUAGUGUUUUUAUGAGAUCUAUCAAAUCACGAGAUGAAUCUUCUACCUCGCACGAUGCUUCCUUUACUGGCUCAAUAAAUACCAACUAUUAAGUUAUGAAAAUGAGAUUUCAGCAAUAGUUAAGAUUUAUUAAUGCACUGAGAGAAGCAUGGUAUAUAGUAUAUUCCAUUAGAUAUAUGUUGUUGUCGCAUCUUGAUUACGUGUACACAAACGGGUUGAUAUGUUGUAUUAUGCUUACAUAGGUUUUAACUUAUUACCCUUUGUAUUACCUAUCACCUACGGUGGUCUUUAAUGUAUUUGCUGAUUUGAUACUUGUAACAUACGGUUAUGGGUGUAUCAUGGCCGAUAUAGUUUAUUUAGAUGAGAUUCCAUA